UGUACGCCAGUCUAGCCACAGAGUGAGCAUGUAGAGCAGCCAGAAAAUACGCAUCAAUGCCAAGGCACCAAAAUAUGAUUGCGGCUGUUCUGCUGCUGUGUGCUGUUGGGGCACUGUCUGAUGAUGGGAAGACCCCACCAUGUGUGCCCAGUUAUGAAGCAGCAUGUUUGACACCAGCUGAUUAUCAGAAUCCAUCUGGUCCCAUCACCAAAGUUUUGGCUGUGGGUAUGAAACUCAUCAUCUCCCUGGACGGCCUCUCUGGAUCUCUUGUCUGCCACUGGAUCAGAGGAGAAGACCGAGUAAUGACAGCCAGAAAUGGGAGUCAGUCCAUGGUCACAUCACCGCUUUCUGAGACAGAUUCAGGGGAGUACACUCUGACCUGUAAAUCCAACAAUGUCACCAUGUUCUCCACGACUGUGAUUCUUCAUGUAAUGAAAUGUCCAACAAAACCACAGCUGAUGCUCGAUGGUGUUGACGUGUCAGAUACUUCCCCGCUUUUUAAGUGCAUCUCUGAGGGUUUCCCCAAACCCACAAUCAAAUGGUCUGGUAACAAGGAUGGACAACAGAGUUUAAAGGGAAGCGACAGAAAGACAGAGCUCACAAUAUCAAGCACUGAAUAUUAUAAUACAGGAAUGAUGUGCUGUGCAACCAAUGCUGAAGGACAAGAGUGCUCCCAACUGUAUGACUACGACUUACAGAGCAGCGUAAUGAACAAAGAUGAGGUAUCUAAUGUCACCCUGAGCGAAGGUCAGUCUCUGCUGCUUCGCUGCAGAGUAAAGGGAUACAGUCUGAGAUCACCUGUGUGGGAGAAAGGAGGAAAACACCUCAAUGCCAGGACACUGUCACGUAAACCAGAGAAGGAGGAGGAGAUGUGCAUUAAAAAUGACUCACAUUUCGGUGUUCAGAUGGCCUACCUGUCCAUCAGAUCAGUGAGAGAGGAGCACAGCGGCACAUACACCUGCACGAGUGCAUAUAAUAAAAACUCAAAGUCUGUUCAUGUUCAUGUCUCAGAUGAAGGUUUCCUCUCUGCACAGCUGGAUGAGACCAAGAUCAUAUCAGCUCAGGAGGCAUCCAGCACCUGCUUGCAGGCCACUGUUUCCUACCAUCCUGUUUUCCAGCACUGUUCCUGGGAGACUCCUGACAAAAACAGGACUAAAUGUGUCAGGGAGACAUGGGUAACACAGCACAGGACUGUGAAGCUUUGUGAUCCACUCAUAUCAGGAGAUUAUAAGUUACACCUGGAGGCUGGAGGACAAAAGGAAACAAAGACCAUAUCAGUGUGUGUUGUAGAUGAACCAAAGUUCAACUUCUUGUUUAAUAAGGAUGAUGGUACCCUCGACCUUGAGACUGUCAGUCUGGUGCCAGCAAACUAUACCUGGAUGUUUUGCUCUAAGUCCAAUGACAGCUGCAGUGAAACUGACUCAUCCUGGGAUGAGGUCCCAAAUGCAUUUCAAAUAGAUUCUGAUGUUUCCUGCUAUAAGCAGAUCAAGAGCUCAGUGAGCAAAGACGUGUUAAAAGGAGACCAAUUCAGGUUUUGUCUGACAAACUCAGUUGGCUCCUGGUGCAAAACCCAUUACAUGAUCACCCCACCUACACCUCAGCCCUCUAUUGGUAAGCCACCUGAGAAGAACUCCUUCCUGCUGACAGUAUGUGUGGUUCUGGCUCUGGCUUUGACACUCGCCAUCAUGGUGCUCACGUAUUUUGUCAAAAAGAAGCAGAAACCUCAAUAUCAGCCUCAGCUUCAGAUGAUCCAGAUGACUGGACCCAGUGAUAAUGAUUACAUCUACAUCAACUUCAAGGACUUUGAGUAUGACAGGAAAUGGGAGUUUCCCAGGGAGAACCUUGAACUGGGUAAAGAACUGGGCUCUGGAGCUUUUGGCAUGGUGGUCCAGGCUACAGCUUAUGGCAUCAAAAAGCCAGGAGUCUCGCAGAAGGUGGCCGUUAAGAUGCUGAAAGAAAAACACCAGACUAUGGAGAAGGAGGCUUUGAUGUCAGAGCUCAAGAUGCUAACUCACAUCGGACACCAUGCCAACAUUGUUAACCUGCUCGGUGCAUGCACAGACUCUGGACCAGUAUACCUGAUUUUCCAGUACUGCUGCCAUGGAGACCUGCUGAAUUACUUAAAAAACAACUGUGAACGUUACCACAAGUCUGUCACCGACGCUUUUGACAAAGACCGUUUCAGAAGCCUCUACCACAACCUGCAGCUCAGGAAAUGCCCCAGUGCGCUGGAAGCACCAGUAGAUAAUUACGUGCCUAUGUACACCACUAACACAAGGGGGCAGGAGGACAUCGCGCUCCUUACCAUCAACUCUGACGACGUGGACAGCUGUGAAGAACACAAUUUAUCUGCAGACCCAGAGAGCUUUGAAACCUCAGACGAGCAGACGGAAGACCUGGAAGCCCUGACCUUUGAUGACCUGCUGAGCUUUGCCUUCCAAGUGGCAAGAGGCAUGGAGUUCCUCUCCUCCAAGAAUUGUAUCCAUCGGGACCUGGCAGCUCGAAAUGUCUUAGUGACAAACGGCAGGCAGGUGAAAAUCGGUGACUUUGGACUCGCCCGGGACAUCGACAACGACUCCAACUACGUCGUGAGAGGAAACGUGCGUUUGCCAGUAAAGUGGAUGGCUCCUGAGAGCAUCUUUCAGGGAAUGUACACCAUGAAGAGCGAUGUCUGGGCUUACGGCAUUCUGCUCUGGGAGAUCUUCUCACUCGGUGUCACUCCAUAUCCGGGCAUAAAGGUGGAUCAUAUGUUCUAUUCAAUGAUUGAGAGAGGAUUUAAGAUGGAGUGUCCAUACUAUGCCAACGAAACUGUGUACGGGAUGAUGCACAAGUGUUGGGCCCUGGCUCCUGCUAACCGCCCCUCUUUCUCCAAGUUGGUGUCCUUUCUGUGUGACCUGCUCCUAGACCAAGAGGAGAACCUCUACCAAAACACAAUCAAUCAGACUUGCAGCGACUACCAGAAUGCGUCGACCAUCAUUGACAUGUCUGCCUUGACCAAAGCAAGCGAAGAAAAGAAAACCCAGGCCACCAAUGACUACUGUCAAACCUGCGCCACUGAAGAAAAGAGAGCAGAAACAUGUGACAGAGACACUGUGGCAGCUGAGAAGGAGCUUCUGAAACCAUCCGAUGCAGAGUGAUCGCCUUUAUACCUUUAUUUUUAUCCGUAUAUCCAACAGCUUGCAUAACAAUACUGAUAAAAUGGUACUAACCUAAGAUUUUAGAGUAGAAUGUACUUGCUUUAUAUUAUAUUCAAGGAUAGCAAGCAGUUUUGUUUUUAAAGUUUUAAAGUUUUUUUUUAUUUUGUGCAGUUUUUAUUGUGCAGCUACAAAAUACAAUUAAUUAUGAAACUAAAAUAUUCAGAGGAAUGUACUUUAGAGAUGUAGCUAUGGAAAAAAGAUUUCUCCAUUAUGUUUAUAUGAAGACUCAGGAAUUUAUUACAUCCAUCCAUCCAUCCAUCCAUCGUCAUCCGCUUUGUCCGGGGUCGGG